AUGUCCGUUCUCGCAUCGACUAACGAGGGAAAUGGCGCGGUGGUAAAUUACGACGACGAGGAUGACGACGAGAGGCUAGAGAAACAGUGCAGUGAAACUGAUGACGUGUGUAUCUUCAUCGAAUCGUUGGACAGUAUUUUUGCGGACAAUGCAACAUCGGAUGAGGGGGCUCGGGCGCUUGUCCGUGGGACUUCUACUCAUGGUACAGUAUUUCUAUGAAGUUCCUCGGAAAUGAAAUUGGGAGUGCCCUGUCCUCGUCAAAUGUACCAGAAUAUAAGAAAGUCUCUGCACAGAAUACGUAGGUUUUUUUACGCUCCUUCAAACACGCUACUCUUACGAUGCUACGCGCUGCUGUUCUUUCAGGUGCGAUGAUCGAUCCGAGGAGGAUCACUGGCCCGCGUGAGGUCCACCUCAUGAAGGUCGACAUCCAAGGUUCCGAGUGCAAUAUGCUAGCGGGUUUUUCAACUUCCACCAGAUUGAAGGGCCUGAGUGUGCAGUGGCUCAAGAUUAAGGUGAAGGAAGACAUGCUGGAGAACCAAAACCGCAUGGUUGGUCAUUUUCCGCGGCUUAUGAGUGAGGAGAAGCCGCGAGAGGACUCGUCAAACCUUCUUCUAUUCCAGGGGACUUGUACUGCUCAUACCCGCUUCACGAAGGGCGAAUUGCCGCAACCAGGAUCGAACUACACGGAACUGCCUUCCCCUUGCGUGUGCGCAGCGGCGACACCUUCGACGACUUGAGCCGCCUUUGCGGUUGUCCUUUACCAGGAGAGCGCGCGCUGCCUAAUUUUUCGAAGAAAUUGUCGUCAUCUUAGCUUUUUACAAAAUUUUGAUUGCUAUGACUUGAAAAAGUGCCACUUCUAUCUUUCUCAUUUUGUUUUCGAAGUAUACGC